AGGAAUUGGUAAAUUGUCCACUGCCGAUGGUAAAGCCUUCGCAGAUCCUGAGGUGCUCCGAAGACUGACUUCGUCUGUCAGCUGUGCGUUGGAUGAAGCUGCUGCUGCAUUGACACGGAUGAGAGCAGAGAACAAUCACAAUGCAGGACAAGUGGACAAUCGCAGUUUGGCAGAAGCAUGCUCUGAUGGGGAUGUGAAUGCUGUCCGGAAGCUGCUGGAUGAAGGAAGAAGUGUAAAUGAACAUACCGAAGAAGGGGAGAGUCUUCUUUGCUUGGCCUGUUCAGCUGGGUAUUAUGAAUUAGCACAAGUGCUACUAGCGAUGCAUGCAAAUGUUGAAGAUCGAGGGAAUAAAGGAGACAUAACUCCACUAAUGGCAGCUGCCAGUGGAGGCUAUGUAGACAUUGUAAAACUGCUACUUGUUCACUGUGCCGAUGUCAAUGCCCAGUCUUCAACAGGGAACACAGCACUCACUUAUGCCUGCGCUGGGGGAUUCGUUGACAUAGUGAAAGUGCUAUUGAAAGCAGGUGCUAAUAUAGAAGAUCAUAAUGAAAAUGGACAUACCCCCUUAAUGGAAGCAGCCAGUGCAGGUCAUGUUGAAGUUGCAAGAGUACUUCUGGAAUAUGGUGCAGGAAUCAACACUCAUUCCAAUGAGUUCAAAGAAAGUGCACUUACAUUAGCAUGCUAUAAAGGCCAUUUAGAUAUGGUUCGUUUUCUGCUUGAAGCUGGAGCUGAUCAAGAACAUAAAACAGAUGAGAUGCACACAGCCCUAAUGGAGGCCUGCAUGGUAAAUAGCAUUUAGUGAAUCAAUUUUGUUUGGAGGUGAGAAAGGAGUAAAG